UUGACAGAAUCAACGUGUAUAAAACGAAGCGUGAAAUAAACCGAUGUAGUUACAAUAAGAUUCUAAUUGAAAUAAUAGACGCAUGACUUAAAACUUUUAGUGCAUUCGCAUUACGUGUUGACAAGAAUAUUUUCUACGUAAUAUAUAAACUACUUUAUUGGCGCAGCUGCAUAGUAUACAUUCACAAUGAAUAGUUCGUUACUGUUAACAUUGUCCAUAAUAAUUAGUGCAAUAUGUGCUGCGAGUGCUUUAAAGAAUGACGAAUGCGAAGUAUGUAUAUCUACUGUGGAUAAAUUUGUGAAUACUAUAAGCGAUGAUGUAAAAAAGGAUACCAAGAAGAUAGAAGCAGCAUUUAGAGAAUUUUGUAAGGGUACUAAAUCUAAGGAAAACAGAUUUUGUUAUUAUUUAGGUGGUUUAGAAGAAUCUGCGACAGGUAUUUUAGGCGAACUAAGUAAACCUGUAUCGUGGUCUAUGCCAGCAAGUAAAGUAUGCGAGAAGUUGAAAAAGAAAGAUGCUCAAAUAUGCGACUUACGAUUUGAAAAGCAAAUUGAUGUUAAUACGGUUGAUUUGAAAAAACUCAAGGUGCGCGACUUGAAAAAAAUUUUGAGUGAUUGGGACGAAACAUGUGACGGUUGUAUAGAAAAAACAGAUUUUAUUAAGCGAAUUGAAGAACUAAAACCUAUGUAUUCUCAUAGUUCUAAAUCAGAACUCUAAAAUGUGUUCAGUGAUGUAGAUAAAUUAUUGUUAGUAUGGCUAAGCUUUUGGAUAUUCUUUUUUUUUUACAAAAUGGUUAACAGUAUUUAACGUACAUAUAUUCGUGUCCGAGUAUAUGUAUAAAUAUCAUUUUGUAAACAAUUCGAUCGAGGGAAUUCUUUGUGACAGAUGUA